CACGGACCAAGUACACCACAAGUACUCGACUACCAAGCAUCCCCAACCACAAACCACAAACCACAACCACUUCUUGGUAUCCCCGCAGCACCGAGAGCCAUGAGACCUUCAUCAACAACAAAUCCACCACAAUAUUCUUUCCUCAACCACAGCAAUUAUAUACUCCUCUACCCAACUACUGCGAUCGCAUGCUAGAUUACCGAGCGAUGGUGAGAUGGCAGGCUACGAUGGGUUGAGCAUGUCGUCGCAGUCCGUGGUUGAUGUCAUGCAUCUCUCUCAGGGAGCCGGCGACAAUUCCGAGGCAUACAGCCAGGCGUCAGACUUCUCCGGGGAAGCUAUGUUCAACGACCUGAACGUGGACUUGUCGUCCCUUCCCGUCUUCACUCCGAACCACAACUACGACUUCGUACCAGGCUUUGACGACUCGCUGGCAUAUAACAACGGCGGCUACUUCGACAACCUUCUCGACCCAGGAGCUGCUGUGCCCGAAUUUUCACCCGCGAAUCUCGACAACAAGCUCUUGGGCUUUGGUGCGCCUAUACACUUGACCCAGGUUCUCGACAGCGGAGGACAAACAUGGCCUCGCUUAGCUGCGGAACUGAAUGGCAUGUUCUCUAUUGCAGAGGACGUGUUCGAAGGAGAGACGGUCGAGAGGCCGCUGGAGCUGACAUGCUACCGACGGAAUCUGUUUCAAAUAUCGGGAGCCAUUAUUCUAUCCCGGACUAUGGCGGAGGCACUCAUGGAGCAAGGAGGACAAGUGCCAAUUCAAGACCUUGUCGCGGUGCUAUCCGCCACCGAGUCGAUCGAGGGAAAACCAACAGAAAUUAUAUCAGUGCCAUGGAAGGCGGCGGUUGCGAAUAGCUCCGGAUCGGAAGAUAAGGCCGGGACAGCACCAGCGAACAUCCCGAUAGACUUGUCGUCAAAUCAGGAAGCCGAUCCCAUAUACGUCAAUAUCCCGAUAGCAUGGCGAAGACUGCAAUUCAAGUACGCUACGGCAAACAAUGGCCGACGGAAGGGCCUACAACAACAUUAUCAAAUCCAGAUUACAUUAAUGGCCAAGACAGAAGGCGACGGCCAGCUGAUCAAGAUCGCAGAGAUCCAGUCCAAUCCAAUUGUCGUCAGAGGGCGGAGCCCUAAGAACUUUGACAGCAGCAAAGAUGUGCCUCUCAGCGAGCGAAAACAGUCAGAUCCAAUGAACCGCAUGAGAAGCGCGGGGAGUGUAGCGGCAGCUACCCCACAAUGGAUCGAGCCGGCAUUAUCCCAGGCAUCUAACAAGUACUAUCCACAGAAGUCGUAUAUUCAACCGCCAUUGGAUCAGGUGUUAUCAUGGCCUCAUCCGACUCCGCCUUCCCCAGGUCCUGUCGAACCUCGUGCGAAAAGACUAGCGUCCGGAUCCCCAGUUACAGCAAAACGCCGGCCACCUGUUCCGACCACGGACUGGCAUCAUACGGAGAUUAAAGAGGAGUUCCGCGCUCUCCCUGCACAGAAAACUCCUAUAGGGCUGUCAGUUUCAGAUGACGAUGUCCAUACUGUAAUUUCAGAUACGUCUGCCUCUCCCCCAACGGAUUCUAUCCCAACAAGACCGUUGGCUGCGAGCCCUCUCGAGAAGCUCGACCAGCUAUACGAGUACUUUCCCCUCAGCUUGGAUGAUUGGAUGCAACCUGUUGAUGCCAUCUAUCGGCCGCAUGUCGUCCACCAUUUGAGAGCGCCGGAAGUCAAAGCCCAGGAAGUGCGAUCCAAACCGAAGCGGUACUUCUCCGCCAUGAACGACUGAAAGUAUCCAGACCCAGUAUCUCGUUCAGGGGGGCUCUGUGCUUGCAUCACACAGUUGCAUGGCUUGGGCCAAUGGGCAGUAUAAUCGGUCUAGUUCCUAGUCUCAGGGAGUAAGGGUGCUCCCAUAGCUCCGGUAAUAUUCAACUUGCAACAACGCUACGUCGCAGGGGAAAGUCCCGUUGGUCCGGCUCGACAAAACGUGGAGGGGGCGUUUAAACUAUGCCAGGAGGGGAUAUGGAGGCAGGCACUGGUUCUAGGGCUGGCUGUGCACUAUGCGAGCCGGUCUUUUACCAUUUUUGUGUUGAGGCUCGAUGAUCGUCAGGAUUGGAGAGAUACCCCACAUAUUGUCAUAUAUGUUGUACUGUACCCUGAAAUCCAUAUUAUAUAUUUCAGAACACGGACACAUGCCUAUUAUUCUAUGUCUAGUGCUUUGAUUCUUCUAACCUACAAAAUAGAAAAUCUCUUCAUUUUUUUACCAUGUUAUGGUGGCAAUCACGUUGGCGUUACAUACUGUAUGGGUCAAUUGGGUCUCGCCAAGUUUGGGGACGUUGUUGGUUGCAUCUCGGGACCCCACCAAAAACAUUUUGGUGGUGUCGGUCUCGUACUCGGCAACGUUACACCGGCCUGGAGCACAUCUACUUACCCCAAUUAUUCAUCGCAACCAUCAAGU